GUGUGUGUGCGCGCGUGUGUGUGUGUGUGUGCGCGCGUGUGUGUGUGUGUGUGUGUGUGUGCGCGUGUGUGUGUGUUUUGAAGCAAGAGCAAGUACACUGCGGAAGUGGUCGUGAAAGGCAACGUCAUGAACCGUUCUUCUAAUUUACCAAGGGCACUUGAACGCACCAGUCUUGCGUACAGUGUUCCGCACCAUCUAAGAAAAUAGUGGUGGUAAUUUGACCCGCAGGUCACUUCGGUAAAAUGACUUUAAAACGGGAAGCUGCGAAGCUGAACCGAGUUUGUUAAAGUUUGGAGUUUCUAGUUCGAGCGAGAGGACCUUACAGACUGAGCAGCGAAAAGGGACUUACCUGGGCGAGAGACAGCGGAACCCCCCUUCCCCCCCACCCCGCACCGCUUUUCACCUGCAUUAUGUCAAAACUCCCUGGCAACGCAGGUGUGCCGCUGCUCGGGGAUAAGUCGCUGGACUUCUACCGGGACCCGGUGCUCUUCUGCCGGGAGAAGAUGGAAAAACACGGCAGCCGGGUGUUUCAAAGCCGCCUGUUAAAUCGACCAACCGCUUUCGUGUGCUCGGCGUGGGCCAUGAAGGAGCUACUGUGCGAGAAGUCCAACGUGUUUCUGAAGGAUCCCACUGAUGUGAUGACCAAUAUGUAUGGCGACACAAUUGUUACCACUAAUGGUGAGGAGGCUUGUCUUCUCCGUCUGUCUUUCACCAGCUUGUUUACAGGAGGUUGCUUAGAAUCAUCAAGUGGUUACAUCACCAGUGUGUGUGAAAAACGUCUCAAGGAUCUCGCCCACAGCGGUGGGUCACAUUGUGUGUACACUGCAUUUAAGCAGCUGGGGACAGAGUUGGUUUUGGGUCUUUUUCUUAACGUACAUGCGGACAAGGAGCCGGAACUUUUCCAGAAAAUCGCACAGCUCUGCACUCAGCAUUGGCAUGGCCUCAUCUCUGCUCCAGUCAAUGUAAAGGUGCCUUUGUGGUCGUCUGGUUUUUCUGUGGCAUCGGAGGCUAGAGACCAGCUGAUGCAAAUCAUCAAAGAGAAACUUGAGAACGAAGCAGAGGGUUUCGUGGGCUCCCUGCGCUCCCUGCCACUGCCCGGUUCAAGCUGUGCUUCCCAGCAUCUCCUGCUGUUCAUCUCGGCCCUCAUUCCCAAAGCUCUGGCGUCACUACUCACCUCGUUCACUGUGGCUCUAACUGGGAGUCAAAAGGAGGAAACUCGUCGACGAGCUUUAACGGAUGCUGAUUAUCUGCAAGGAGUCCUACUGGAAGUUCAGAGACUCUGGCCUCCCUUCAUUGGUGGACGCAGGAUCGCAGAAAGGGACACGAGCCUUGCAGGUUUUCAUGUCCCAAAGGGAUACGGCGCCAUCUAUAUCAGUCACGCUGUCCACAGGGACCCGCGGGUGUUUGAGCAGCCUGACAGCUUUGUGCCGGAAAGAUGGAGCGCAAGGAACGCAGAGCACAAGCACUUCCUUUGUACCUUCGGCAGUGGAUCUCGAAACUGCAUUGGCAUGAAACUCACCGAUUUCUUCCUCAAGGAGGCAUGCAUGUACCUCUUAAAGCACUAUGACUGGUGUCUGGACCCGCCAUCACAAAACCUGGACUACAAAUGGCUGCCCGUGUCUCGGCCUGCAAAUCCCCCAACUGUUUCCUUCACUCGUUUUGGAGGUGGCCAGAGCUGAUGGGACCCCGCACCACGUAGAGACGUGCAAAAUUUGUGUUAGGUUUGUGCAAAAGGCCGUUUUCUCUCUCUCUCUGUGUCCUACCGUAGGAUAACACGGUGAAAGCAUUGUUGACUGAUAUGUCGCAUUAUUGAACUCAUUCACUCCCAAAGACGUUUUUAAACGUCUUUUCAGACUUUGUCUAGAAUUGGCUGGUACUGAAUGAGUUAAUAAGAAGGUUGCAAAAAUAAAACUGGAGUUUGCCUCCUUGAGAUUGUCACCUUUGUGGAAUAGCGUGCCUCGUUCAACGUUUUUGCAGGGAGUGUAUGCGUUCACAGAAAGCUCGCAAGCGCGCACACAUUGAGGUAAGCCCUCAGAUUCCAUCAGUGACUGCAAAAGUGUCAACCCGCCCAUGCUCCAACCCCUCCCAAUAUCUCCCUGCUGCACCACCUAGCAACCAGCGCUGCUUAGCAACAGUUCGUCACUCCGACACUGACUUCCUUUUAGUAUCCUCACACACACACACACACACACACACACACACACACACUAAUCUGGUUAUUUGCAGAAACGGAUUAUUUGCAUCUCAUGAAUCAUCACCUCAGCGAGAUCAGCUCUUAUACUGACAGUUGGAAAACAAUUGUUUGUGAACUAAGAAUCCAGAAUGAAUGUUCUUUGUCCAAUAUUGUUUUUGUCAUGUGACAUGUCUUUCACCAUGCUGUGGACUUACUUUGUGUUGACACUUUUUUUUUCUUGGUAUCGUGUUUGGUUAUUUAAAUAUCACUCAAAUGUCUUAUUUUUGGUUGGGAGAGUAGAAUAGACUCCCUGCUUGAAAUUAAAGACAUUUUUGUAUUUAAUGAGGUCAGUUCGGUAAUGUCACAUUGAUCCGUGCCCGACAAAUAUGUUUUUGUCCAACUGUCCUUCGCAUGAUCACACGCACGCCCUGCAGAUGUGAAUACUUGGCACACACGCAAACACACACGCGUGCUUGCAGACGUCCGUCACAUUACAUCUGGCACAGAAUGAAGUUGUUGUCAAGAGGAUGACUCACCGGCCUUCAUCCACCAGCCACGUCUCCCGACAACAAUUGACGACAACAGGCCGCAGCCACUCUUCUUCUUGCCUCUUUCUUUCCUUGGUGCUUUUUCCUUCAUGUUCAAUAUUAAAAAAGUGCGAGCGUGAUGGCAGAAAAAAGCAUUCAGCGCGCCGCACCGUCAUCAGAGAUGCUGGAAGUGUAACUUUGACGAAAUCCCCUCUUGAUGCCUUCAGUUACAUUUUGACGUGUGGGGAAUCGUGGAUGGACACAAUAUUUGCAAUUUGUUUGAAAAGUGCUGGAAUUUUUGGAUCACGUGGGAAUGGUUAGUAUUCCUUUCGCAAAAAAAAACAACAAAUGUGCCCGAGUGAUCAUUUGCUUAUUAAAUAUGAGAUGUGCAUGAAUGGGGAAACAUGUUGCAAUUUCAAUUGCAAUUAUUUAUAUUUUUUGUAGUUAUGAUCUGCCCGCUUGUCCAUCACUGGCUGGUUCAUUUUGUGCACAAUUU